GAGGCGCCCCGGGAGCCCGCGCGGCGUGUGGGUCGCGGCGGGGCGGGAUGGAGGCGGUGGCGGCGGCGGCGGCCGGCAGGGACGCGCGGGGGCGCGCGGCGAGUCACCCCCGCGGCCCCGGGGAGAAGAGCCCGCCCGACAGCAGGAAAGUUUAUAUGGACUAUAAUGCAACCACCCCCCUUGAGCCAGAAGUCAUCCAGGCCAUGACCGAGGCCAUGAGGGAAGCCUGGGGAAAUCCCAGCAGUCCUUACCCAGCAGGUAGGAAAGCCAAGGACAUUAUUGACACAGCUCGGGAGAACAUUGCGAAGAUGAUAGGUGGGAAACCUCAGGAUAUAAUCUUCACUUCUGGAGGCACCGAGUCCAACAACUUAGUGAUCCACUCGGUGGUGAAACAUUUCCAUCGAACCCAUGCAUCAGAGGGGACCCAGGCCGAGCCGAGCGGCCCCCUGGUGGGGGCCGUACCCCACCUUAUUACCUGCACCGUGGAACACGACUCCAUCCGCCUGCCCCUGGAGCACCUGCUGGAGGAGCAAGUGGCUGCGGUCACCUUUGUGCCAGUGUCCAAGGUGAAUGGGCAGGUGGAAGUCGAGGACAUCCUGGCAGCUGUCCGCCCAGCCACCUGCCUUGUGACUAUUAUGCUGGCCAAUAACGAGACUGGCGUCAUCAUGCCCAUCUCUGAAAUCAGUCAGCGAAUUAAAGCCCUGAACCAGAAGCGUGCUGCUUCUGGGCUGCCGGUCAUUCUGCUGCACACAGACGCUGCGCAGGCCCUGGGGAAACAGCGCGUGGAUGUGGAGGACCUGGGCGUGGACUUCCUGACCAUCGUGGGGCACAAGUUCUAUGGUCCCAGGAUUGGAGCACUUUACAUCCGAGGGCUUGGUGAACUUACCCCCCUGUACCCUAUGCUGUUUGGAGGUGGACAAGAACGGAAUUUCAGGCCAGGGACGGAGAACACCCCGAUGAUUGCUGGCCUUGGGAAGGCCGCUGAGCUGGUGACCAAGAACUGUGAGGCUUACGAGGCCCAUAUGAGAGAUGUUCGUGACUACCUGGAGGAGCGGCUGGAGGCUGAAUUUGAUAAGCAGAGAAUCCAUCUGAACAGCCGAUUUCCAGGGACCGAGCGACUCCCCAACACAUGCAACUUUUCCAUCCGGGGACCCCAGCUCCAAGGCCGCCUGGUGCUAGCACAGUGCAGGACGCUGCUGGCCAGUGUGGGGGCCGCGUGCCACUCGGACCAUGCAGAUCGGCCGUCCCCGGUGCUGCUGAGCUGUGGCAUCCCCUUCGACGUGGCCCGGAACGCACUCCGGCUCAGCGUGGGCCGCAGCACCACCAGGGCCGACGUGGACGUCGUCGUGCGGGACCUGAAGCAGGCCGUGGCGCGGCUGGAGGGCCAGGCCUAGCGCCAAGGGCGCCUCACGAAGGCCUUCCGAGGGCUGCACCAGGAGGGCUCUCUUCUUGAGUUGCCCGAGUCUCGGUUUUGUCCCCGCAAGUGCUUAGAGGGCCGGGUGGGGGGCGGUCACCGCUGCCCAUGGCGCAGGUUGGAGUGCCGAGUCAGUGCCCCCCUGGGAAGUGGGGUGACCUGCUGUGCGUGCCACCCUCCCGGAAGGUGACGUUUUUAUCCUGAAGACAAAAUGCUACUAUUGACAAACGACUGUCAGCUGCUGCCAUGGAAAUAGGAAACCUGACUUUGCUGCCACCGUGGCCCCCUGCCUGCCGGCGCCUCCGCCGGCCGCCUGCCCGCCUGCCCGUGUGCUGUGCGCUCUUGCUCCCCCCGCUUCUCAAGCCCUUCCUCGGCCAGGGGCCACCGAGGUCACGAGGUCAGGCCCCGCUCCCUGCUCCGGCCCCCCUCCCAGGGCCGUCCUCGCUCAGCCUGUCCCGGCCACCCAGAGCCACCAGGCCCCGCCCGCCUUUUCCUUUUGGUCACUGACUCAGGGCUCCGGCUCGGCCGGGGAGUCACGGGCGGCUGGGCACAGGUGACACCGGGUCGUCCCUGCGGCAGGAGAUCACCUCACCCCUGACCCCGCUGGCGUCACAAUGUCCACAGACGGAUUCCUCCGUCUUCACGAGUGCUCUGUGGCGUUCUGACCCACCUCGGAGGGAGGCACGUAACAUAGGAAUGAUUUCUUAACUGCCGGACAUUUUUCAUGUGUGGUUUUAAGUGCAAAGAACUACAUGGUGAUGUUGAGGAAAUGAUCGUCAGAAACGAAAUGAACUAAUAAAAUAUUCCAGGGCUGGUCUUA